CAUUACAUAACAUCGGCACUACCUUAUCCGUGUAUGAAUUCCCAAGAACUCCGUCUUCUCCCACACAGCCUCAAUUCCUGCACAUCCAUAGCUCAUCUCAAGCAGCUCCAUGCCGUCGCCAUUAAAACACCUUCUCUCUCUCUCCACAAUCAACUCCUCUUUCCCAAACUCAUUUCUCUCUCCUCCUCCUCCCCCGACCUUUUCUACAUCCGCUCCAUCCUUCUCACCUCUUCGGCCGAUGCGCAAUUCCGCCUCAAUCUCUGCAAUGCCUUCAUUCACAGAAUUUCUGCGAACUCCAGUGGCGAGAGUACUAAUUCCACCGAUCUCAGGGCCAUGGAAUUCCUGAGGGAAAUGCUUCUGAUCGGCGUCCAACCGGAUGGGUUCACAUUGCCGCAUGUUCUCAAGGCGCUGGCUCGGAUACAGAGGAUUAGAGAGGGCCAGCAGAUUCAUGCUCAUUCCAUUAAGAUUGGAUUGGUGCGAUUCAAUGUUUAUGUGUGUAACACGUUGAUGAGAUUGUAUUCCGUCUGCGGCUCCAUCGACGCUGUGCAGAAGUUGUUCGGCGAAUGUCCUCACCGGGAUUUGGUGUCUUGGACCACGCUCAUUCAAGCGUUUACGAAGGCUGGGCUCUAUAGGAAAGCGGUUGGAGCUUUUAUGGAGAUGUGUGAUCUGAAGCUAAGGGUUGAUGGGCGGACUCUGGUGGUUGUCCUCUCUGCUUUCUCCAACUUGGGAGACCUGAAUUUGGGUCGGAAAGUGCAUGCCUAUAUCCACCAUUACAUUGACGUGAAUGCAGAUGUAUUUGUUGGCAAUGCCUUGUUAGAUAUGUACUUGAAAUGUGAUGAUUCGAACUCUGCUUACAAAGUGUUCGACGAAAUGCCUGUGCGAAAUGUGGUUACUUGGAAUGCUAUGAUUUCGGGGUUGGCUUAUCAAGGCCGGUACAAGGAAGCUCUGGACAUGUUCCGUAGGAUGCAAAGAACAGGGCCCAAGCCAGACGAGGUUACGUUAGUAGGGGUUUUGAACUCUUGCGCGAACCUUGGAGUUCUUGAGUUGGGUAAGUGGGUUCAUGCAUACAUGCGUAGAAAUCAUAUUUUGGCUGAUAAAUUUGUUGGGAAUGCACUUCUUGAUAUGUAUGCAAAAUGUGGAAGAAUAGACGAAGCUUUUAGGGUGUUUGAGAGCAUGAAAAGAAGGGAUGUCUAUUCAUACACAGCCAUGAUUGUUGGGCUGGCCUUGCAUGGUGAAGCAAACUGGGCAUUCCAGGUCUUCUCCAGGAUGUUAAGAGAAGGUGUUGAGCCAAACGAAGUAACAUUUUUAGGUCUUCUCAUGGCUUGCAGCCACAGUGGAUUAGUUUCCGAUGGCAAGAAGUACUUUUUCGACAUGUUGAAUACAUAUAAGCUUAGACCUCAAGCAGAGCAUUAUGGCUGCAUGAUUGACCUUCUUGGGCGUGCAGGUUUAGUGAAGGAAGCAGAAGAGAUUAUCCACAGCAUGGAAAUCAGGCCAGAUGCCUUCGCUUGGGGAGCUCUAUUAGGGGCUUGCAGGAUUCAUGGAAAUGUCAACCUCGGGGAAAGUGUGAUGCAAAAGUUGAUGAAUUUAGAUCCUGGUGAAGAUGGUAAUUACAUUCUUAUGACUAAUUUAUAUUCUUCUGCUCAUAGAUGGAAAGAUGCAUUGAAAUUAAGAAAGAAGAUGAAAAGUAAGAAGAUGAGGAAGACUCCUGGAUGUAGUUUGAUUGAAGUUGAUGGUGUUGUUCAUGAAUUUCGCAAGGGUGACAAGUCACAUCCAAAAAACAGAGUGAUAUAUUCAGUAUUGGAAGGAAUCGCUUGUCAUUUAAAGAGCUAUGGGACUGUGGAACACAGUACAUUUUCAUGGUAGACUUAAAUUACUUUGUCGAUCGUGGGAGAGUGGGAUGAAGAAAUUACUCAACUUGACCGAAUCAGCUUCAUGCUCUGCUCCCACUUAAACGGAAAGGCUUCGACAAGUAAGUUCCCACCUUUGCUUUCGUGUAUAGUUGCCACUAUUUUGAGUAACAACACAUAAAUUUAAAGUUGGAAUUUAUUCCCUAA